UCGACUUUUUUGCCACGGAUUGUGUAUGUAGUUUUAAUUGUGCUCGAAAAAACAGAGUUAAAGUGGAUGUUAGCAUUGAGGAUCUGCUUCCAAAAGUACUAUAUAUAUUGGUCCACGGUGAAGCGCGGCUAAAAACGAUGCCAAUGCAAUAGUUCCAUUUACUAAAACGGCAAAUCGAAGCGUCUUCGAACUAAUUCUGUCCAUUAAGCACCAAAACGCCACUGGGAGGAAAUGGUGUCCACCCGCCAAAUGUGCAGUGGAGGCGGAUCCACCGCAUCGGAGGGGGUUUCCCCCAUUGCGGUGGGUUUAGGAUCUGGAGGUGGAUCCGGAGUGCAGGAGCCGCCCGAGUCCACCGCAGCGCGAACCUCCGUCCUGCGGCGAACCACCAACUAUCAGGGUCACCAGACCCAGGGUCAGGCAUCUGGUCAAGUCACCUCUCCGGCCAGCCUGGCCUUCUCCGCCAGCGUGGUGACCCGCCACCACUCGUACACCAUCCAAAUGCAACGGCAGAGAUCAUCCAGCAACUCGCCCAGUUUUAUGGAUCUGCCCAACGAGCUGAUUGAGAAGACUCUCAGCUACUUGGACUUUAAGAAAAUUUCAAAUCUCAGAUUGGUGUCGCACCACAUGAACGACAUUUGCAUGGCCAUGCUGAACUCAGCCUUCUCCAAGCAGAUCAAGACCACGUUCAGCCGCUUCCAGUCGAUCAAGGCCAGCAUGCCGCGUCGGGAGUCCGCCCGCCGGAGUCAUCCGCUGGCCUGCGAGUGCGACAUCAUCGAGACGUGCUACAUGCGCCUCUCCCUGCUCCAGAUGUCCAUGGGCAAGCACAUCGAGCGGGGCCACUGCUGCUUCUUUCCGGGCGCAAUAUUGGACGAGGUGCAGGCGAUUCUCAACUAUAUCAGUAUUACGCCCAGGCUGCAGCGACCUUAUCGGGUGACCGACGAGCUCUUUGAUCUCUCCACCAUGGCCAUGGAGUACUUCAAGGACCGCAUCGAACCCACGCUACCGGGGCUGGCAUACUUCAACAAGGACUUCUUCACCCUGCCCACCACCACAAAGCGACCCACUCUUGCCACAAGCUCUGACCUCGAGGACAGUGCCAGCAACUCGCCGCCGCAGAACCACAUGGUGCUCCGCAAGGGCAUCCGGAAGAUCAAGCAGGGCAUGAAGAUGUACAACAACCAGCUAUCGGUGCUGCGCACCGAGCUUCGCACCUGCAAGCGCAAGGCCGCCGAGCAGAGCAAGCAGCUGGCGGAGCAAUCGAAUCUGUUAGCGGAGCAGCAGAAGCAGACACUGGAGUAUGCCAACCGCCUGGACGAGAACGACAAGAAGAACGAGGAGAUGAGUCGCAAGUUCUCCACCCUGUUGCAGGAGCUUAACAAGUGCAAGACGGAGUUGCAGUUCUGGCGCUCCAAGAGUCCGGCCAUUCCUGCUGUGUGCAGUUCGUGCAAUCAGAAGGUGGCGCCCGUGGUGCCGCCCGAGGAUUUUCAAGUGCUUGUCAACCAGGGUGUUGACCCCGAACACUUUAUCAUCAUCAAUGACGAUGCAGAUGCCGAGAGCGAUAUGAGCGUGGGCGAGCUGAAGGAGUUUGCCUCGCCAGACGAGUCCACCACGGCCAAACUGCUGGCCGUGAGUACCGCGGCCAAAAACCUGAAGCGAAAGCUGCCUUUGGAGGCGCAGUCCAAUGCCAUAGCGUCCACGUCGAAGGCAGCGGAGGUGGCCCAGUCCCAGUUGUUGCCGGUGGCCGCGGGAGGAGCUGUUAAAGCUGUGGGCGGCUACUCGCCCAAACUCUUCUACGGCAACCAUCAGCGCAGCGGCGUGAUUGUCAGUCCAGUGUCCAAGAAUCUGGCGGGGGCUCCUUCAACGGACAAUGGGGCGGCCGGGUCGGAGGCUCCUGAGGAGCCGGAGGAGGCGAAGAAAGCACGAAGAGUACAAAAGGCCAACAGAUAUGUAAAUACGCCCGGCAAACGCAGUAAAUAAGCAUUAGGACUUACGCAUAUACACUUUACAUAUUUUUUACCACUUAUUUACAUAUAAAUCGUGCAUGCCUUCGUUCACCUGACCCCAGGAUGUGGGCCAGGGAUCGGGGCAUGCGCCGUAGUGUUAACGGAGGAAUCAAAUUAAAUAUAUACACAUAUAUCUAUUAAUGUCAAAUGCAUUAGGCAUUUCGAAUAUUAAUCAUUAUUAUUAUUAUUAUCAAGUACAACAAACUUGUCUGUAUGUUCUUUGGUUUUAACGCCCCGGAAAAACAAUUCAAGUUAACCACCAAACUACACGAACACACACACAAAUCCCGUAGUUAUUGGCAGAGAAAUCAGAUAAUAAUAAUUUAAAAGCAAAUUAAUUUUAACUAAGAAAAACAAAACACAAAAACAACGGCAAAGAAAUAUUUUAAAUAAAACUUUAAAAGCA